GGUAGGUCUUCGGGAGAAGUUUGCUGUUGCAUCCUGGAUGGGCGUUCUGAAAUGUAGCUGAAUUGGGACCUUGAGCACUAUUGCCACAGUCAUUGCUCCGCUCUCCACGGGCACCAGCUGAUUCAGCGCUUGAUGCGCGUUGUGGGUGCUCCCAGCUUCGACGGUGUACACCAUGGGCGUGACUGGGCUUUGGAACCAUCUCGAUCACGCCUGCACCAUCUCCAGCUUAGAGGACGAAGCAUGGCGCUACUACCGAGCCUCACCGUACAAGGCUUUGCGGCUCGGCAUCGAUUCCUCAUUAUGGAUGUUCCACGGUAAAGGCCUUCCGGGCGAGGUCGGCCCAAACGCCAGUCUUCGCAUGAUAUUUUACCGGCUCGUUAAUCUCUUCAGCUUGCCCAUUUUGCCCGUCUUUGUCUUUGAUGGCCCCCGAAAGCCGAGCUUCAAAAGAGGAAAGGAAACGAGUAGAGCCUUACAUUGGAAGGCACAGAAAGAAACAGACGAAUUCAAGCUGCUCAUUAGGGCUUUUGGGUUUCUAGAGAGGACUGCGCCGGGGGAAGCAGAAGCGGAGCUGGCUUGGAUGAACGAGCACAAUAUCAUCGACGUCGUAUUGACAGAUGAUGUGGAUGUUCUACUGUUCGGCGCCAAGCGCGUGUUUAGGAACGCUGGCGCAGGUCUACCAGGCACGCUUGCUACCAAGAAACGGCACAUGGCCCGCACUCUUUCCAAUGAGAGCAACGGCCUCGCAGGCCCGUCCCGUAGGCAAGCGUCGGGAAAAUACCUCAAGUCUCAGGACAUGCCCAUGUACACGGUUAAAAAAGCGAUUGCCGUGGACAAGAACAAGCCAUGCGAAUCAUGCCAAGGUUGGCUGAUGAGCGCAUAUGCAUCUGAUACUGAAGAGGGCGAUGCCUCCGGUGACGAAUCAAGGGAUGCAGAAGACGAAGAGCUAAAUCUACCUCUGGAUCGGGAGGGCUUGAUUCUCAUCGCCUGCCUCUCGGGUGGAGACUACAAUUUGUCAGGCGUGAUCAGCUGCGGACCCACAAUAAGCAAAGUGCUCGCUUCACUUGGGUUUGGCACCCGCCUGGUCAAUGUACUCAAAGCAUCUGUCGCAUCGGACGCACCACCAGUACCGUCAUACGAAGGUCCAAGAUGGAUGCCGCGUCUUGAACUUAACGAGGCUCUAUGGCGGCGCCAGCGGGACGCCGUAUUAGCGGAAAUUUGCCAGGAACUGGAGACCAACGAGAGUGGCUUGCUACAUAAGAGGCAAAAGGCUGUGGCACAGAAGGUCAGGGACAAUUUCCUGACCACACCAGAUAGUGUGUCCGUUCUCGCAAGCUACAUCUGGCCCAACACCACUUUACACUGUCUCAAGCUGGGAUGCACCAGCGCGCAAUUUGAGCUGGAUUGGACAAAGAGCGGUGACGCUAGUCACUUGACCGAAAAUACAUUCGACGUCGACCGGAUCGAUCGGAGUAGCGCUUUGGAAUGGUCUUCAACGCAAGACACCAUGUGCCUUGAUUUGAUCUUACAAUGCCGAGCACCGAGCCGAGUCUCGAGCUGGCUGCUCAUCGGCAUCGACAUCAUGUCCUGCUUCGAGGCCGUCUGCCAUCUUAGCACGGUCCUCGAGCUCCACUCACAAGACCACCAAAAAUACUCUCAUUCAGCUUAAAGAAAUUGUGCGGACACGACCUAUGAAUGGACGCCUUGAGUAUCGCGUCAGCCUUGACGACAGCUCCCUGGAUCAGCUUGUGCAGUCCAUCUUGGACAAGCUGCAGAUGGAGCCACCGCCUCCUCCAUCACCAAGCACAGCUGGCGCGGCAUCCUUGCUUCAGGAUUUCGAUGUAGUCGAGGACGAGUCUCAGGGGCCUUCUUCGAAGCCGAAGUGCAAACCG